AGCAGCGACAGUUACACCUCUAUGGAGCGCGCGGGGAGGAAAAGUGGAGUUUUCCGGGCGCUUUAAAGGAAACUAAACUACCAUGAAGGAUAAAAGAAAGUUUCGGGAGAAGGAGAGUUGAUGGUUUACUUGAGUGGGUUAACUUUCGAGGCGCUUUUUAAAGAAGAAGACGAUGGAAAUGCCCGUGUGUCUCCUUCUCCUCCUGCUCGCGGUGUCUCGCGCGCGGUGUUUCGACCUGCACCUUUCGGACACUUUACACCCCGGAGCCGCGCUGCUGGACUUAUCACUCGGCCCGGGUUGGACUUAUACACUUGAAAGGACUUGGGCUUCUAAACAGCUCGGAAAUGUUGUAAAAGUGGACCGGCGGGACGGAGCGGUAAGUCUCGUGCGCGACCUGAACUGCACGCGCCUGGCGCAGAGCCGCGCGUUCCCGCUGAGUUUCAGAAUGAAGUCUUUAUCCACGCAGGACUCUGUGGUCGCUCGCUUCAGUGUGUUUGUACACGGACAGAACUGCUUCAUUAAGUACCGGCGGAAGAGCGCCUUUCCCGAGCCUGACGUUCACGUCGAGUACUUUUACAGCGCGGCGCAGACUUCCUGCUUCUCUCCGGGUGCUCGGCUCGUGCGCCUCCGCGACUACGUGCCGGCUUUCCUCCGGCGUCACGUCACGCAGCUUUCGGACCGCGCGUGCGCUUCCGACGGCCUCGGCGUGCUCGUGCGUAACGGCACCGUGUAUGCUCGGGAUGAAACCUGCCUGGGACAGGCGACACACGGCACUGUGAGGUGUGGGAUGCACGGUGCUCGGGGAGAUCCAGACUCUGUGCGGGUCAGCCUGCACUUGGGUCCUGAUGAUCAGGGAGGGAAGCUGCGCAGAAGGAGAAGUGUGAAUUCAGCUCCUGUGUUCCAGCUUCCCAACUACCAAGUGUCCGUCCCCGAGAACGAGCCAGCGGGCACACGGGUCAUCUCGCUUAAAGCCACAGACGCGGACAGCGGAGAAGCUGGCAGGAUAGAGUACAGCAUGGAGGCUUUGUUCGACAGCCGGUCCAGUGACUUCUUCCGGAUCGAUGCUCAGACAGGAACCAUCGAAACCGAUCGGCCUCUGGACAGGGAGUUCAAGGACACCCAUGUGUUUAAAUUAACCGCCAUGGACUUUGGCACCCCUAGACGUUCUGCGACAUCAUAUCUUACUGUCACUGUCAGAGACACCAACGACCACGGACCUGUUUUUGAGCAGACGGAUUACAGAGUCAACAUUCGAGAGAACGUAGAGGUUGGCUUCGAGGUGAUAACGGUGAGGGCUACGGACGAAGACGCGCCUACCAAUGCCAACAUGAUCUAUAAAAUUGUGAACGCUGACGGCGUGAAUUCUGUCUUUGAGAUCGACCCGCGGAACGGACUAGUGAGGGUCAGAGUGCGUCCAGAUAGAGAGACCAUGGUGCAGUAUGUGCUUAUUGUAGAGGCAAAUGACCAAGGAAAGGACCCGGGUGCUCUCAGUGCGACAGCUACAGUUCAUAUAACAGUUGACGAUGAGAAUGACAACUAUCCUCAGUUUACUGAGAAGAGAUACGUGGUCCAGGUGCCUGAGAACGUGCCGGUCAACACCCGAGUUGCCCAGGUAGAAGCCACGGACAAAGACGAGGGCAACAAUGCCAAAGUUCAUUACAGUAUCAUCAAAGGCAAUGUAAAAGGCCAGUUCUACAUUCACUCUCUGACAGGCGUCAUUGAUGUCAUAAACCCGCUGGAUUAUGAAACACACAGGGAUUAUACUCUUGGAAUUAAGGCCCAGGAUGGAGGCAGACCCCCUCUUAUUAACAGCACUGGAUUGGUCAUUGUGCAAGUAAUCGAUAUAAACGACAACGCGCCCAUGUUUGUAAGCACUCCUUUCCAGGCGACAAUUUUGGAGAACGUACCCAUUGGGUAUUCGGUCAUUCAUAUCCAAGCCAUUGACUCAGACUCUGGUGAGAAUGCCCGCUUGGAUUAUCGUCUAACGGACACCUCCCCCGGUUUCCCCUUCACCAUCAACAAUAGCACAGGAUGGAUUACCGCCUGCGCUGCACUGGACAGAGAAACCACAGAGUAUUACACCUUCGGUGUGGAAGCCAGGGACAACGGGAUUCCCGUGAUGUCCUCUUCUGCCAGCGUUAGUAUAACGGUGCUGGACGUAAACGACAAUGCACCCACUUUUACCGAGAAGAUCUACUCUCUGAAAAUUAAUGAAGAUGCCGUAGUGGGGAGCAGUGUGCUGACAAUGACAGCUGUGGACCGGGACAUCAAUAGUGUAGUGACCUACCAGAUAUCCAGCGGCAACACCCGGAACAGGUUUGCUAUCACUAGUCAGAGCGGUGGCGGUCUCAUCACGCUAGCGUUGCCUUUGGAUUACAAGCAGGAACGGCAGUACGUUCUGACCAUCACCGCUUCAGACGGCACGCUUUCCGACACGGCACAAGUCUUCAUUAAUGUCACCGAUGCCAACACACACAGACCGGUGUUUCAGAGUGCCAAUUAUCAGGUACUGUUCAGAGAGGACAUGCCAAUCGGGUCCACGGUAGUGGUGAUCAGUGCUACAGAUGAAGACACAGGUGAGAAUGCACGUAUAACCUACGUCAUGGAAGACAAGCUGCCGCAGUUCGCGAUCGACCCUGACACAGGUGCCAUCACCACACAGGUGGAGAUUGAUUACGAGGACCAGCCCUCAUACACUCUGGCUGUCAUCGCUUAUGACAACGGCAUCCCGCAGAAGUCAGACACUACUUAUGUGGAGAUCAUCGUCGAGGAUGCCAAUGACAACGCCCCCCUGUUCAGCCGUGAGAAGUACCAGGGUACCGUGCCUGAAGAUGCACCUCAGUACACCAGCGUCCUCCAGAUCGCUGCUUCGGACAAGGAUUCAGGAUCCAACGGGAGGUUGACCUACACCUUCCAGGGUGGUGAUGAUGGAGAAGGAGAUUUUUAUAUUGAGCAGUUUUCAGGAAUCAUCAGAACCAACCGGAAGCUGGAUAGAGAGAACAUUGCUUUAUACAACCUGAAAGCCUAUGCUGUGGAUAAAGGAAUACCACCUCUUAAAGCAGCAGUCGAUAUCCAGGUGUCAGUGCUCGACAUUAACGAUAACGCACCGGUAUUUGAGCAGGAUGAACUUUUUAUCCAAGUCAAGGAAAAUAGCCCUGUAGAUUCGGUGGUGGCACGGAUAACUGCCCAUGACCCGGAUGAAGGAACGAAUGCUCAAAUUAUGUACCAAAUAGUGGAAGGAAACAUCCCUGAAGUUUUCGACUUGGAUAUCUUUACCGGAGAUCUAAAAGCACUAACGGAUUUGGACUACGAGACAAAGACAGAGUAUGUGAUAGUAGUACAGGCCACAUCUGCCCCGCUGGUCAGCAGGGCGACUGUCCACAUCUGUUUGGUUGAUGUCAAUGACAAUGAGCCUGUCUUGCAGAAUUUUGAGAUUAUCUUUAACAACUAUAUCACUAACAAAUCCAACAGUUUUCCUACUGGGGUUAUAGGAAAGGUACCAGCUCACGACCCAGAUGUGAACGAUAAACUUAAGUACAGCUUCGUGGAAGGGAACGAAUUGAGUCUGCUCAUCCUCAAUCCAGACACUGGAGAGCUAAAACUUAGCCGAGACCUGGACAAUAACAGACCACUGGAGGCCACCAUGAAAGUAUCCGUCACAGAUGGUCUCCACCAAGUAACAGCACUGUGCACCCUCCGUGUGACCAUCAUCACAGACGACAUGCUGACCAACAGCAUCACGGUGCGCUUGGAGAACAUGUCCCAGGAACGCUUCCUGUCCCCGCUGCUGAGCCUGUUCACAGAGGGCGUGGCCGCUGUCCUGUCAACCAGCCGUGACGGUGUCUUCAUCUUUAACGUGCAGAAUGACAGCGAUGUCAGUGGCAGCAUCCUAAACGUAACCUUCUCAGCCCUGCUUCCUGGUGGCACCCCCGGCCGCUACUUCCCCUCUGAGGAGCUUCAGGAGCAGAUCUACUUGAACCGCACACUGCUGCGCCACAUCUCUAGCCAAAGCGUGCUGCCCUUCGAUGACAACAUCUGCCUGCGCGAACCCUGUGAGAACUACAUGAAGUGCGUGUCUGUGUUGAAGUUUGACAGCUCACCACCGUUCAUCGCCUCUGACACCAUGCUGUUUCGACCCAUCCACCCAAUCAAUGGGCUGCGGUGUCGCUGCCCAGCCGGUUUCACAGGCGACUACUGUGAGACAGAGAUCGACCUGUGCUACUCAGGACCUUGUCGCAACAACGGCCGCUGCAGGAGUCGAGAAGGUGGCUAUACGUGCGAGUGCCUGGAGGACUUCACUGGCGAGCACUGUGAAGUGAACGCACGCUCGGGUCACUGCGUCCCAGGCGUAUGUAAGAAUGGAGGGACGUGCCAGAACCUGCUGGUGGGUGGCUUCAUCUGCCAGUGUCCAUCAGGCGAGUACGAGAAACCCUACUGCGAAAUGACCACGCGCAGUUUCCCAGGACAGUCCUUUAUCACCUUCCGGGGCCUGCGGCAGAGGUUCCACUUUACGGUCUCCUUUAUGUUUGCUACACGAGAGAGAAACGCCCUGCUUCUUUACAACGGCCGCUUUAACGAGAAGCACGACUUCAUCGCCGUGGAGAUCAUCGAGGAGCAGAUCCAGCUCACCUUCUCAGCAGGAGAGUCUAAAACUACUGUGGCACCUUUUGUACCAGGUGGUGUUAGCGAUGGCCAGUGGCACUCUGUUCAACUCCACUAUUACAACAAGGACAGCCUGCACCUGCUGGACGCCAGUGGGGUGCUGCGUGUCCCGCUCUAUACAGCCUGGCUGGAGCUCACCCAUAAGGAGCCUAACAUCGGGCGUCUGGGGGUCCCUAAUGGUCCUUCGGGGGAGAAGGUGGCAGUGGUGGCUGUGGAUGACUGUGAUAUUGCUAUGGCAGUGCGCUUCGGGGCUCAAAUCGGCAACUACUCCUGUGCGGCACAGGGCACACAGACGGGCCAAAAGAAGUCAUUGGACCUGACCGGUCCUCUGCUCCUGGGUGGGGUCCCUAACCUCCCGGAGGAUUUCCCAGUGAGAAACCGAGACUUUGUGGGCUGCAUGAGGAACCUAACCAUCGACAGCAAGCCCAUGGACAUGGCCAACUUCAUCGCCAAUAAUGGCACCACAGCAGGCUGUCCUGCAAAAAGAGAUUUUUGCAGAGAGGGCCUUUGUCAGAAUGGAGGUCAGUGUGAAAACAAGUGGAACACCUACUCCUGUGACUGUCCUAAUGGCCACGGAGGCAAGAACUGCGAACAAGCGAUGCCCCCACCUCAAUACUUUGACGGACACGCCAUGGUGUCAUGGAGCGAUCAUGAUAUCACCAUAGCCGUGCCCUGGUACAUCGGCCUGAUGUUCCGAACCAGACAGAGCAGCACCAUUGCCACCUUAAUGCAGGCUAACGCUGGUCCUGCUUCCCAAAUCAACCUACAAGUGGUGAACAGGCAGGUGCAGAUGGAGGUCCUGUUGGGGGUUCAGCGUGUAGCACUUCUCGAGUUUCCCGAGCUUAGAGUGAAUGACGGAGAGUGGCACCACCUUCUCGUAGAGAUCACCAGCAGCAAAGAAGGCAAAGACACCAAGUACAUGGCCCAAGUGUCUCUUGAUUAUGACAUGUUUAAGAGGACAGUGGAAAUCGGAAACGAACUUCCCGGACUGAAAAUAAGGAAUCUAUACGUUGGGGGCCUUCACGGUGAAAACAACAAUGUCCUGCAGGGCUUUCACGGCUGUAUCCAGGGUGUAAGGAUGGGAGAGACCUCGACCAACACAGGCAACAUCAACAUGCAGCAAGGUUUAAAGAUCCGCGUAGAGGAAGGCUGCGACCCGGCCGACCCCUGCGACUCCAACAUCUGUCCUGAGAACAGCCACUGCAUGGAUGAGUGGAGGGCUCACACCUGUGUUUGUGACCCAGGCUUUUUCGGGAAGGAGUGCGUACAAGCCUGCACGCUGAAUCCAUGUGAGCACGUGUCCACCUGUAUGCAGAAGCCUAGCUCGUCUCACGGCUACACCUGCGAGUGCGGACAGAACUACUACGGCCAGUACUGUGAGAACAAAGUGGAGAAGCCAUGUCCUAAAGGCUGGUGGGGAAACCCGGUGUGCGGUCCCUGCAACUGUGACGUUAGCAAAGGUUUUAACCCGGACUGCAACAAGACAAACGGGGAGUGUCACUGCAAGGAUAACUACUACCAACCCAAAGACAGCGACACCUGUUACCCCUGUGACUGCUUUUUCCCUGGCGCUAGUUCCCGAACCUGUGAUCCUCAGACUGGCCAGUGCCCAUGCAAGCCUGGUGUUGUUGGGCGACAGUGCAACCGAUGUGAUAAUCCCUUUGCAGAAGUGACCAACACCGGCUGCGAGGUUAUUUACGAAGGCUGCCCCAAAGCCUUUGAUGCCGGAAUCUGGUGGCCAAGAACCAGUUUUGGCCGUCCAGUCGCUAUGAACUGUCCCAGGGGAUCUAUUGGCACCGCUGUGAGACACUGCAACGAUGAAAAAGGAUGGCUGCCUCCUGAGCUGUUCAACUGCACCACCAUCGCCUUCUCCCAGCUCAAGAAACUGAAUGACGAGAUGAAUCGGAACGAGUCUAGAAUGGACGGACAGAAGUCUAAAGACAUUGCUUUCAUGCUCCAUAAUGCUACUAGACAGACUGAAUCUUUCUACGGCAAUGAUGUGAAGACAGCCUUCCAGCUGAUGUCUCGCGUGCUGCAGUACGAGAGCAAGCAGCAGGGUUUUGAUCUCUCAGCUAUGCGCGAUGCCGACUUCAACGAGAACAUUGUAAAGGCAGGCAGUGCCAUCCUAGACCCCAGCAAUAAGGAGCACUGGGAUCACAUCCAAAGGACUGAGGGUGGAACAGCACACCUGCUUAAUCAUUUUGAGGAUUAUACCACCACUGUGGCUCGCAACAUGAGGAAGACCUACCUGAAACCUUUCAUCAUUGUAACAGACAAUAUGAUUAUGGCAGUGGAUUAUCUGGACUUUUCCACGCCAGAUGAUGUAAAGAUGCCUCCUUUCCAGAAGAUUAAAGAGGAAUAUCCCAAAGACCUGCAUUCCUCAGUCCUGUUUCCAGAGUUCAGCCUCAAAUCCACGCAAAACAAAGUCGUUCCGACAGAUGAGCCAUCGUUUCAAACCCAGACAGCUGAGAGAGACCCUGCUCAGGGUGAUAGGAGGAAGAGAGAAGCUCCAGAAGGACCUCCUCAGUUCCCUGUGGCUGCUGUUAUCGUGUACCGAACACUAGGGCAGCUCCUGCCUGAGCGCUAUGACCCUGACCGACGCAGCCUCAGGCUUCCCAAUCGGCCCAUCAUCAACACCCCCAUCGUCAGCACUACGGUGCACAGUGAAGGCCAAUCCCUGUCCAUGCCGCUGGAGCAGCCCAUCACACUCGACUACAUACUGCUGGAGACAGAGGAGAGGUCCAAACCUGUGUGUGUGUUCUGGAACCACUCCAUCGCGAUCGGAGGGACAGGAGGUUGGUCCUCCAAGGGCUGUGAGCUCACCUUCAGAAACAAAACCCAUAUCAGCUGCCAAUGCAACCAUAUGACUAGCUUCGCCGUGCUCAUGGAUAUUUCCAAAAGAGAGCAUGGAGAUGUGUUGCCACUGAAGAUAGUCACGUAUGCCACAGUGUCUGCCUCGUUGCUGGCUUUGCUGAUCACCUUCAUAUUGCUGGCCAUCCUGCGGAAGCUCCGCUCCAACCUGCACAGCAUCCACAAGAACCUUGUGGCGGCACUCUUCUUCUCCGAGCUCGUCUUCCUCAUUGGCAUCAACCAGACAGACAACCCGUUUGUGUGUACGGUGAUUGCAAUCCUGCUGCACUUCUUCUACAUGUGCACAUUUGCCUGGAUGUUCGUGGAAGGCUUGCAUAUUUACCGCAUGCUCACCGAGGUGCGCAACAUUAACCACGGACACAUGCGCUUUUACUAUGCCAUCGGGUGGGGCAUCCCUGCUAUCAUCACAGGUCUGGCUGUUGGUUUAGAUCCACAGGGCUAUGGCAACCCAGAUUUCUGCUGGCUCUCGGUCCAUGACAUGCUGAUCUGGAGCUUCGCCGGGCCCAUCGCCGUUGUUGUGCUGGUGAACAUAGUGAUCUUCGUGCUGGCAGCCAAGGCAUCAUGCGGACGCCGACGCAGAAGCUUCGAAAAGACUGGAGCCAUUCCUGCACUGAGGAUGGCCUUCCUGCUCUUGCUGCUCAUCAGUGCUACCUGGCUGUUGGGCCUCAUGGCUGUUAACAGUGAUGUCAUGAUCUUCCACUACCUGUUCGCCAGUUUUAGCUGUUUACAGGGAAUUUUAAUUUUCCUUUUCCAUUGCAUACUGAGUAAAGAAGUGAGGAAGAAUCUGAAGCUCGUGUUCACAGGGAAAAAGCCAGUGCCGGAUGACUCGACCACGACACGGGCCUCUCUGCUGACUCGCUCUCUGAACUGCAACAACACCUACACAGAGGACGGCACAAUCUUCCGCUCAGCUAUCGGAGAGUCCACCGUGUCUCUGGAGAGCACCAUCAGGUCAGCCAAGAGCCACAGCGGUUACCUCGCUUACACUUUCAGAGAUGACCAGAAGCCCAGUGUCUCCUCAGGAACAGCUAAAGCUGGACACACAGACAUGGAUGGCUCGUUGUUCCACCGAAACGGCACUAAAGCAGAUGACUCAGAUUCAGACAGUGAGCUGUCAGUGGAUGAGCACAGCAGCUCCUAUGCCUCAUCGCACUCCUCCGACAGUGAAGAUGAUGAUGAGGGAGUUCACAUGAAGCCCAAGUGGAACAAUGAGCGACAGCCGCUACACAGCACCCCAAAAGUGGACACAGUGUCUAAUCACAAGAAGCCGCCGUACUGGCCCACUGAUGCCACAACAGCGAGUGACAGCGAGGAGGCAGGAGGGGCAGAGAGGCUGAGGGUGGAGACUAAAGUAAAUGUGGAGCUCCAUCCAGAGAACAAGCUGAACCACAUAGGGGAACCACCACAGGAUAAGGAAUCUUCAAGCAAGGAUGGAGGAAGCAUCAACCAGACAAACAGCAACCACCUGCCAGAACAGAGGAAGGGCAUUCUGAAGAACAGGAUCACUUAUCCUCCACCACUUACAGACAAGAACAUGAAGAACAAACUGAGAGAAAAGCUUUCAGACUAUAACCCUCCCACCAUUUCUCCACGCACGCCAUCUUUGACUUCUAAUGAUGGUGUUAACAGUCAUAACGUCCUCAUCAAAGCCCCGCACCGGAUCCUGCCACCCAGAGAGCAGAACGGAAUGGUCCUGAACAUCAACGGAGGCAACCAGUCAGACUCAGAAGGCAGUAACGAAACCUCAAUCUGACCCAGCAGGAAGCCAGAGGAGUCUCUACCUGCAUAAGGGCAGCUCUACUCAUAAUGGAGAAGAGGAGAGGAGAGAAGGACAAACUAACCGUUUGAGAGAAUGAUGAACAUGUUUUAUGGAUCCAUCGGCCUCUUUCCUGACCUCUUUAACUUCUAACUCCAGUGGAGAACAGUAUUACUGCAGACGUCUGCCUGCAUGGGACAUGAACAUAAGUUAAAAAAAAGGGAAUGUAUGAACUCGAGGGGGAUACGCACUGUGCCAAACUGCUGGAAGAAGUGGAAACUAAAUCCCCAAAAUGCCGAGCUGUUGGGAACAAGUGACUCGAACUGAAAACUGCAAAACGUGAUAAAGAAUGUUAUCACUAGUACUUAUCUAAACUGAAUAAGUUGGAAAGAUGUCAUUUAAUUCACAUUAAAGACUUUUAAAGACUUUUAGUUAAUGCAAAUAUGAGCAAAUUGUUUCACCAAGUGCCCUAAUCUGUUAAUCUGUCCUCAGAGAGGAAUUUGUACAUUUUUUUUCCUGGUAAUUAUGUAGAUACUGGUGAGAUUUACUAUUUUGUAUGGACUGUUUCUUGUGAGUUUUCAGGCACAUUUUUAUACAGUUUUUUUUUUUUUAAGACAACCUGCAAUUCUAGACUUUAUCCUGUGCAAAAUCACAAUGCUGUGAUUCAUGUUCUAUUCACGUUAACAAAGUGAACUUCUGGGUCACUCUGGUGCCUUAGAGUACACGAGAUGUACACACAAGAUAACACUCUUCACACAUUUUACCUUCUUUAUGGGUACACGUCCCUGAAUCCGUAGAAAAAAUGCUCCGGAAAAUAAAUUUUAUAGAAAAGAGAAUUAUGAAAUGUGAAGAGUUAACUAAAAGGAAAAAUGAAUGUGUUUGCCAUGUUUAUACUGUAUGAGAACUUUUUAAACGAACAUGAGACGACUGCAAUAUAAGAAAACACUGUGCUCUUACCGCUGUCAAUCUGUUUCCCAUUCUGUUAUAACCACUCCAGUGUUCGAACAAGUCUUGAACAGAAUGUUGCUUAUGUUUUCACAUUUUCCCAUAAGACACUGGAAUUCUUGUAACAUAUGUAUAUUUAUUUUGUAUGGUUUUGAGACACUGGACAAUGAUUGCAGCUAUAAAAUUAAAAUGUAUUUGGAAUUUUC